AUGAUGCAGAAUCAAAGAAUUCAUUUUAAACAUUCUCGAAAGAACAUUUAAUUAACAGAAGUUGGUGGUCUGGUGAAAGCUCGGCCUUGUGAGUAUAAAUUUGAGAUAUGCAAAAGAUUAGACACAAAAAAUAUAUAGAAAGCAUAAUUCCAUUUUGAAAUGCUACUAAUGCAAGAAAAAUAGCUAAAUGAAUUUGAGGAGUAUUAGUGA